AUGGGUGAUCUAUUACCGAGUAUACCGAAGAGUACGUCGGCCAGCGAGGUAGAUUAUAAUUGGAGUAUCGGCCUCGAUGCGUACAAUACUGAUGAGGAACUGGCUAAUGUGGAGCUAUUCAAGGAUUACCCGGAGGGAUUGCUGCGGUUUGCCUCCGUGUGCUGCGUCUUAUUCAUGCUUGUGGGAAUUCCAGGGAAUUUAAUCACAAUCGUCGCACUAGCGAGAUGUAAAAAGGUGCGAAACGCUACUGCGGUUUUCAUAAUGAACCUGUCCUGCUCCGAUCUUCUGUUUUGCUGCUUCAACCUGCCACUCGCUGCUUCUACUUUCUGGCAGCGGUCGUGGGCUCACGGAAAAACGCUCUGCCGAAUGUUCCCUUUAGCAAGAUACGCCCUUGUCGCAGUAUCAUUGUUUACUGUCCUAGCGAUCACGAUUAAUAGAUAUGUCAUGAUCUCACAUCCUCGAUUAUAUCCUAAACUCUACAAGAGAAAGUAUUUAGCAGUCAUGGUUGCGAGCACAUGGGCCUUUUCAUUCGGUGCACUGAUUGCAACGUGGCUGGAGAAAUGGGGACGCUUCGGCUUGGACACCUCAAUAGGGUCUUGUUCUAUACUCCCAGACAAAAACCACCGCUCACCAAAGGAAUUUCUUUUUGUUGGAGCGUUUAUGCUUCCUUGUCUAGCUAUCGUAACAUGCUAUGCUAGGAUAUUUUGCAUAGUAAGAGAAGCAGCCAGGAGAUCACGCGCUCCAGGUCACGGAAGACCACGGCCCGGUUUGGAAGAUUCCGCUGUAGGAUCUGCUUCUACAGCCCUAGAACGGUCUCCUGGUACCGAAAAUGGCUAUCAUUCUGUGUCAUCAACGAAAAAAGCCUUACUUGCGCCUCCAACUGUACAUUGUCCAUCGACACCAGGCCCUGAGCGAUCUUCAUCUUCAGGAGUAGAUACACUAGAUGGUCAUGAUGACGAAUGCGCUCUUGAUGCGAAGCCUAGAACGCCAAAUAGUGGAGACACUGCUAAAAGACUACGUCAAGCUGCUGUGGUACUUAGACGUUCCCCUGCUCCCGUUCGACCUCCACGACUAACACCUAAGGACAGGAAACUCUUGAAAAUGAUAAUGGCAAUAAUGCUCUCGUUCUGGGUCUGCUACCUGCCUAUAACUUUGACAAAGUUAUUUAGAGAAUUCACGUCGCACCCAGCAGCAAACAUCGCAGCUUACAUUCUCAUAUACUUGACGACCUGCAUCAAUCCCAUUAUAUAUGUAGUCAUGUCUAGUGAAUAUCGGCAAGCAUAUAAGAAUUUGUUGAUGUGUAGAAAAAGAGCGUGA